AUGGAACUCAGGAUACGCCAUUUGGCCCUCUUCCUUCUUCUCAUCCUUCUCAUGGACAUGGCAUUCGCCCGAGAGAAGUAAGUUUUCCUUCAAAGAUCUAGAAACAUUCGGUUCGGGUACCAGACAUCAAUCGAGUGUGUCUUGAGUGAAUAAAACCAUCUGUCGGACGUUUAUAAGUCGGCGCUUCCGUUGCCAAAAAAAGCUAAAUUUUUACGAGCGGCGCUCAUGAAAUUGCCUCUCGCGUGUCCGUCUUGAUCAUCAAAAAACUGUUGUAAAAUGUCAUUUGUAGAUUCUUGGUGAGGAAAGGCGGCCGACUGGACCGACUCCACAAACGAACAUUGCAUGACUGGAAGAACGCCGCCCAUAACCAUCGUCACAGACGUCACAGGUACAGUACAAUUGAACCGAAGCCAGCAAAGAUCAAAAGGAGAGGGUCCAAGCAGUUUUGAGUAGUGAAACAAUUUGUCAAUGUCAUUCAUGUGUGUGCUCUUCAAGCAGAAAUUGUCAAGAGACUUCAUGAUGUGUAUGAUAUUUCUAGACACAAGCGAAGACGUCACUAUCGGGAUGGUGGCUUCCGAGUCGACAACGUCCUCGCCCAAAUGGACUCUUUUGUCCGCCCUCGGUUCGGAAGGUCCAUCGGAUACGCAGAGUGGAGGGAUCAUGGUCACACAGGAAUUGAAGUGACAUGA